AUGACAAUAUUAAAUAUUUUUCGUUAUGUUAAAUUACCUGAGGAUGUUGCUGAUGAAGAUAAAAUAAAAAAAUAUGAAAUAACUUUAAGAUUUGCUUAUGAAUAUCCUGCAAAAAUUUUAGAACCCAUUUUUCAUUAUUCUAUUCAUUAUAAAAUAUUACGUUUUAUAUCAAAAAUUGGAGAGAUAUCAAAGCAAAAAUAUUUUAAAAAUAUUCAAAUAAAUAAUGAAAAAAUUGGAAAUAUAUGUUGUAGAGUUUAUCAAAAAAAAGAACAAUCUGAAAAUGCUAUUUUAUAUAUACAUGGUGGAGGUUUUGUAGCUUUGAGACCAAAAUUUUUUGAUUCAACAUGUGUUGAGUUAGCUGAAAAGACUAAUUCAAUUAUAUUUUCUGUUGAUUAUUCAUUAAGUCCUGAAGCUCCAUUAUUAUGUGCAUUGGAUGAAUGUUAUAGUGUUAUUGUAUCAUUAUAUGAAAAUGAAUAUAAAAAAUAUAAUUUUAAUAAAAAUAAAAUAAUAAUAUUUGGUGAGUCUGCUGGUGGAAAUUUGGCAGCAGCAUUAUCUGUAAGACUUGUAAAAAGAAAAAAGAAAAAUUAUUUUUAUAAACAAAUUUUGGUAAAUCCACUUUUAUCAUAUAUCAAUUAUUCUUCACCAUCACAUCAAAUUUAUAAAAAUAAUUAUGGUGGUUCAUCAUUUUUAAGUCCACGAUUUAAAACAUUAAUGUUAAUGUAUUAUACUAAUAUUAAUUUAACAAAUAAUGAAAUUUUAAAAAUAAUGAAAAAUUGCCAUGUUUCAAAAGAGAUACGUUCACUUCCAUAUAUAUCUAUUAAUAAUUUGCCAAAUGAAUGGAUUGUUAACAACAAUAACAAUAAUAAUAAUAAUUUAUUUGAAAAUGAUAUUGAUAUUAAAUUAGUUGAAAAAUUGAAUAAUAUUGUUGGAAAUCCAGAAAUAUCACCAAUAUUAAGUGAUGAUAAUGAUUUAUCACAAUUACCAUCAUCAAUGAUUAUAACAUGUGGUAUUGACAUAUUACGUGAUGAAGGAUUUUUAUAUAAAAAAAGAUUAGAAACUUUAGGUGUUAAUGUGACAUGGAAACAUUAUAAUAAUACUAUUCAUGGUAUAAUAAGUAUGUUAAAUUUUGAAAUGAGAAAAAAUGUUAUGAAUAAUAUAUUUGAAUUUAUUAAAGAUUAA